CUUCUUCCCCUGGUCUUCCUCCUCCCGAGCGUCCCCUCCUCCUCCUCGCCCGGCCUCUCUCCGUCGCGAAUCCAAGGAGUGAACCAUGGCGAAGAUCAAGCCAAAGGUACUGCUGGCGCAGAGCAAGCAGAAGAAGAGCCCUACCCAGAUUGGUGUGACCAGGAUCAUCACCUACAUCGUCCUCGGCGCCCUAGCUGUGUCUUCCGUCUAUUAUGCCUAUCAGUACUGGCAGAACAAAGGACCGGCAGCUGCAGUAGGAGCAGAAGGGGGGAACUAAACUAAGGCCCAAGAAUGUAAUUGAUUUUGUUGUUGUAGCAUGUUAUCGGCUAAUUUUGGUUGCAACAAGCCAGCCAAAAUGAGCAUGGACAGAAAUGUCAUGUUUAGUUGUAUCCCCCAGUACAUUACCGUAACAUGUAUGCCUAUAUUUCUUUCUUUGACAUAGAUGGGGUUUCCGGACA